CUGUCAAACACACGCGCAUCGAUUCUCAUGCGCUUUUCUCCUAUCGUCGGGUAGCGAAGCGACGAAAUCUCUGUGCUUGAAGAAAGUUUGCUGUGGUUAGACGUGUGUCGUGAAUUUUGUGGUGCAGCGCCCGCCGUUCCUUUUUCGGAUCUUUUUGCCAGAUAGUAAAUCUUAACCUCACCUAACACCAUGGGCGUACCAGCUGGAGACGUUGAGAAGGGCAAGAAGCUGUUCGUUCAGCGAUGCUCACAGUGCCACACUGUAGAAGCUGGUGGCAAGCACAAGGUUGGCCCCAACCUGCACGGUCUGUUCGGCCGCAAGACCGGUCAGGCUCCCGGAUUUUCCUACACAGAUGCCAACAAGGCUAAGGGAAUCACCUGGAACGAGGACACGCUGUUCGAGUACCUGGAAAAUCCGAAGAAGUACAUCCCUGGCACCAAGAUGAUCUUCGCCGGCUUGAAGAAGCCCAAUGAGCGUGGCGAUCUGAUCGCUUACCUGAAAUCUGCAUGCUCGUAAAUGCCAUCGACCUGCCUGUAUCAUUUAAAACCUAGAAAUAAGCAGAGCAGUGGAAAUUAAAAUCAUCGGAGCAAAAGCCUGAUGGCUUCAAUUCAGCCGAUUCGUUCGUCGGAAAUUAGACUUAGAACAAACAACAACCAAAAGCAGACAACACAAAAAUAACAUGUACACCAUUCUCAGAUGGGCAAAGAUAAAAAGAACGCUCUGAUCAGACGCGCGCAACCCAUUAGGACAAUUUCUUCUUAAAGUGUAAAUUAUUUUUAAUUUUAUUUAUAAUCUUACAAUAACAAAUGAUCCCAAAAGCUACAAAACGAGAUAUGAUGGUAUCACUUACCCACCUGUGGGCAGGUGUAAAACUAUGUUUCCUAGCCAAUGAAUGAAGUUCUCUCUCCCUCACGAGGGAGAACUCGACGUGUAGUAUUAACUGAAACAACCCACAAUUUGUGAAACGGAUAUCAAAGAAAUGGGAUUGAUACCCACACAAUUAUAGGUAAAACGUAAAUUCAAAACGCUUUAAUUAGAAUUCUUUUUCCUGCAUCACGUUUGAUCUGAAAAGCAAAAGAACGUCGAUUUGACUUUUCCCAUCUAUCGGAAACAAUGGAUUACUGGCAAAUGUAAAAGUGACAAAGAGAUAAUGUUUGAAUAAAUUAUCAUCCGGAAAAUAAAAUUCAAAAGAACAUUGAAACAGUACAUAA